GUGGAUGGGGCACUGGACCCAGAGCUCCUACCCUCGCCUGCCUGGGCCUGAGUUUCUGCAACCGUGCAAUGGGGGUGACCAUCAUCCCUGCCCUGCUGGCCGCUAGGGGCGGCUGUGAGUCUGUGGGCGUGGCGGCGGCCUGUGGGAAGCCGUAGGGCGCUUUCACAGGCCGGGCCUUCAUCAUGGCGGGAGGGAGACCCCAGCUGAAGAGGAGUUUCUCCAUCAUUCCCUGCUUUGUCUUCGUGGAGUCGGUGCUGCUGGGCGUCGUGGUCCUGCUUGCUUACCGCCUGGAGUUCACGGACACCUUCCCCGUGCACACCCAGGGGUUCUUCUGCUAUGACAGUACAUAUGCUAAGCCCUACCCAGGCCCUGAGGCUGCCAGCCGUGCACCCCCUGCCCUUAUCUACGCCUUGGUCACCGCUGGGCCCACCCUCACGAUUCUGCUGGGGGAGUUGGCACGUGCCUUUUUCCCUGCACCACCCUCCGCCAUCCCCAUCAUUGGAGAGAGCACCAUUGUGUCUGGGGCCUGUUGCCGCUUCAGUCCCCCACUGCGGAGGCUUGUCCGCUUCCUGGGGGUCUACGCCUUCGGCCUCUUCACCACCACCAUCUUCGCCAACGCGGGGCAAGUGGUGACCGGCAACCCCACGCCGCAUUUUCUGUCGGUCUGCCGUCCCAACUACACGGCUCUGGGCUGCCUGCCGCCCUCGCCUGACCGGCCAGGGCCCGACCGCUUCGUCACGGACCAGGGUGCUUGCGCCGGCAGCCCCAGCCUCGUGGCCGCCGCGCGCCGAGCCUUCCCCUGCAAGGACGCGGCCCUCUGCGCCUACGCAGUCACCUACACCGCGAUGUACGUGACUCUCGUGUUCCGAGUGAAGGGCUCCCGCCUGGUGAAGCCCUCUCUCUGCCUGGCCCUGCUGUGCCCCGCCUUCCUGGUGGGCGUGGUCCGUGUGGCUGAGUACCGAAACCACUGGUCCGAUGUGCUGGCGGGCUUCCUGACUGGAGCAGCCAUUGCCACCUUCCUGGUCACCUGCGUUGUGCACAACUUCCAGAGUCGGCUGCCCUCUGGCCGAAGGCUCUCCCCUUGGGAGGACCUGGGCCAAGCCCCCACCAUGGACAACCCCCUCGAAAAGAACCCGAGGCCUGCAGGCCGCAUUCGACACCGGCACGGCUCACCCCAUCCAAGCCGCAGAACUGCACCCGCCGUGGCCACCUGAUUCCCAGCUGCGUGUCCUCCAGGGCCCCAGCCAUGUGUUCUUCACCCCGUGUUCCCCGCCCUCGAUUGAGAUCUGAGCCGACGCCCCUGCCACUGCCCCUACCCCUGCCAGCACCAACCCCCAGCCAGGGCCCCUCACCCUCCUCCCCCGGGCCUGGGGGGCCAGGCGGGGGUGGUGGACGUGGCCGGAAGCUGCUGCUACCCACACCCCUCCUGCGGGACCUGUACACCCUCAGUGGACUCUAUUCCUCCCCUUUUCACCGGGACAACUUCAGCCCUUACCUCUUUGCAAGCCGUGACCACCUGCUGUGAAGCCCACCCACCCACCCACCAGAAUCUGCCCAGCCCCCAUCUCUUCCCUGCCAUGAGUUCCUGUGCCUGUGUAUGCCCUGUCAGUGCCAAAGCCCUCUGCCCCCAGACCGCCAGGCCCAGACACCUAAGGAUGGUAGGAAGACAUGGGAGAUCUCCCUGCCUUCCUGGCCCUCUGGGACGUCUAAGUGGGCAAAACUGGGAGGUGGGUCUUUGUCCCUGGGAUUGCCCUUUUAAGGGCAAAAGCCUGCCUGGCCCUUGGAGCCCCCAGUUCUCUGAAUUCUAAACAAAGGGAGUUUACUCCAGCCAAUGGGAGUUCUCCCCUAGUCUUAGCCUCCUCAGGCAGGAGGGCAACUCCAGCCAGUAUUCAGUGUCUGACCAAUAGGAACCCUUGGUUUUUAGAAUUUCUAGGGUGGGUGGGUAUGAUUCCAGCCAAUGGGGGACCGCCCAUGUCUAAGCAAGUGCAAAGGAGAGGAGAGAGAUGGGGCAAUCUUUUGUCAUUGGGUUCUCUCUCAGAAUCAGAGUCCAGCCAGAGGGUGAGGGGCAGGCUCCCCAAGGGCAGGGUCCUUGGGGACCCCUUCCUCUCUCAGCUCCUCCUCCAUCUACCACCUCUCACACAAUCCCUCCUAAUUCCCCACUUUUUCAGGGCUUGCCCUGGUUUGGGGUUCAGGGUGUUGUGUCUCCCCUCGCCUGUACCCAGGUCACUCCAAACCCUCUGUUAUUUAUUAGGGCUGUGGGGAGAGACUUUUUCUUCGAACUCACCCCUGUUCUGCAUACUGUCCCCCAUGCUCUAGCCUCGUGCAGAUGUGCCAUUAUGGGGGGCAUGGGCAAAACAGGGAGGGCUCCCCAACCCUGGGCAGGCAAAGGCAGUGGGCAGAGGAAAUACUGCCCCCCCUCCUGCCCCCUCCUCUUUAAUAAAGAUCUGGCUUUUCAUCUUUAAUAAAGACCUGUUUAUAACAGAA